AUGCCUUGUUAUGCUGAUACUAUUGUUCGAGUUAAAUAUGUUAAGCAAAAUGUUAAAGAUGAUACUAAUACUUUAGUUGUGUGGGCUCUUGGGGUUUAUCCUGUGUACCGGGAAGAUUAUAAUCUCGAGAUGACUUUGUUUGUUCUUGUUAAUUCUGAUGUUCGGGAUCCUGAGUCUCAGGCUGUUUUUGUAAAGGAUAAUUUUUUUUCAGUUGGUGGUAAGAUUAUUCCUAGAUUUUACGAAGGGAAUAAAAGAGCAAAGGAAGUGCUGAAUAUUGUUAAAGAGGAUACUAUUGUUCAGAUAUUGGUUUCUGAUUAUGUUGGGCAGGAGGAUAAUAUUUGGCCUAAGGAAUCAUUUAUUUUCAUUGUUGGGCAGUUGGAAAUUAUUAAAAAUGAGUUCUAUGUAUAUGCUAGAGAGAUUAAUUGUAUUGAUACCCAGUUUAAUAGUAAGAAGAAUUUUGAUCGCGGUAUAUCUCAUAGAUCUUCGAUUAAAAAUUCGAUUCGGUCUAAGUUAUUGGCUACUCAUGAUAAUUUUGCUAAAUGUUUAAAAGGUGUAUCUGAGAGAGGAAUUGAAGAUUUUGAUGAAUCUGCUAAGGAAUUUUGUAAUAAUUUUGCUGAAAAUUCGAAAGCAAGCAUGAGUAAUGAUGAUCCUGUUAUGUUAGCUAAUCAUAGUGAAGAUUUCGAUGGGUUUAUUGAAGGUGAUUGCAAGAGAAGUUCUCAUAGUAAAGAUAAAGAACGUGUUGAUGGGCCUUUGCAAGUUAAUUUACGUUCGCAUGGUUUGGAUUCUAAUAUCGAUGCUACUAAAGAAUAG